AUGGCUACGCGAACAGAUCACGAUACUCUAAUAGAAAUGGGCUUUCCACCUGAAAAAGUAGCAAGAGCUUUAAAAGAAACGGGGGGACUUCAGCAAGCCAUGGACUGGCUGAUUGCUCACCCGGGAGAUUUGGAAGAGCCAGCACCUGCACAAGCUCUUGGAAGCUCACAAACAGUGGCCACAAGUUCGUCUGAAGGAGGGGAAAUACAGGACGGAGAUGAAAUUCAAGAUGGUGAACAGACUGCGCAGUCAUUACAAUGCAACGAUUGCCAGAUACUAUUACGUGACGCCACCGCUGCAGAGAGACACGCCAUAAGAACAGGGCAUGUCAAUUUCUCCGAAUCAACAACGGCCAUAAAACCUCUAACGGAAGAAGAGAAAGCCGCAAAAUUGGCCGAACUGAAAAAACGACUUGCCGAAAAACGGGCGAUGCGAUUACUUGCCGAGCAAGAAGAGGAAAAAAAUCGCGAAAAGGUUCGUAGGACAUCAGGCAAAGAGUUGGCGAAAAUAAAAGCUCAGAUUGAGGCGGAUAAAAAAGAAAGAGCUGCAAAGCGUGAGGCUGCUAAACUACAAGCAAAUCUUCAACAACAAGAAGCAGCAGCUGCAGAAGCUUCGAGCUCAACUCCUACUGUGAAAAAAGAAUACACCGAAACAAGGCUACAAAUACGUAGGCAAGAUGGUGGUGCAACAAUUAUUCAAACAUUCAAAACAACAGAUACACUUCAAGCUGUUUAUGAGUAUGUUGGACAGCAUGUUUCUGAGCCUUUCAAAUUAAUAACUACUUUCCCCAGGAAAGUGCUUGAUCGUGAUACUUAUGAGAAUAAGACCCUGAAGGAACUUGAUUUAGGCAAGUAUCUAAUCAUCUUACAAGAAUUGGAUUUCACACAUAAGUUGACCGAAUAUUUAUUAUAUAUAUCUCAGUUCCAUCGAGUGUUCUCAUGGUUUCCAUUCAAUGAAUGA